AUGGGAAUUUUACUACCACGCGAAGCCAAGAAGACUAAGAAGUCAAAGAAAGAUAAGCCUACUUCUCCUGCGAAGAAAGUGAAUAGUUCAACCUCAUCCAAAUCCACAAAGCAGACGUCAGAAACUAUUAUUGUGACAGUCGAUGCAACAACAGUGAUUACACCAGUUGUGGAAGAGUCACAAGAAGAUGUGGUGAUUCCUUCGAAAACAGGGAUGUUUCGAAGAAUCAAGAUGAAAUCCAAGCACAAACGCAAGUCUUCAUCCAAGAAAUUGCUUCGUAAACCUCAACCUUCUCAUCAAGGUGUAAUGUUUCGUGAGGUUCCAGUUCUUGUUUCUCCUGCAUCCAAGAAAAGGGCAGCCGAAGAUAUGGCGAAUCAUUUAUCCCAACCAACGAAGAAGAAGCCGAAGAAGGCUAGGAAGAUUGUUUUAUCAAGUGAGUCUACCGAAGAAGAUGAGCGAGUACCAGAAACUCCAGAGACCACUAUUCUUACAAGCUCAAUUCCAGAGACCACGGUCAUAUUCACCCCUGAAGUUUUGAUUGCCAGGUCACUUGUUGAGGAGGUACGAACUUCAGGCUUGGGUGAAAAUAUUUCAAAGAAUGUGUGA